UUGUAUGUUACGUGCAAUACAUUGAUAGAAAAACCUCUGCAGCAAGUUAUGAUCAAUGUGGCCAAGCAUCUUGGUGAUACCUAACGUCAAUUUUAGCUAACGUUACGUUCUUGACGUUUUCGGCUUGAGAGUUGCCCAUUUCGCAGUUGUCAUGCAACGUUGCUGAAGUCACUUAACACAUGGGAAACAUUUCUGACCGUUUACGUGGACUUUUUGUUAGUAAGUUAUCUUGCCGGCUAGCUUGCCUAAUUAGUUGAAAUGGCAAGGCAUUCUUCUAUCGCUCGUGACAUGCCUGCCGAACGUUACCAGGCAGUUCGGUGGGUAAAGGUCUUUGGUCAACAGCUAAUUAGCAAGCUACGCAAACUUCUCUUCUAAAUUGACGUCUGACCCUCGACAGUAACGUUAUCAUUUUGCAGAAUUUUCUAUCGAUGGAUUAACGUUCCUGACAGAAUUUGGCUGCGGUGUUUUUUUGUGCAUGGUGCUUUCUCAACUAACUUCAGCGGAGUCUGACGGAGUUUUUCAUAAGUUUUUGUGCGGCUUUCAUAGAAUGGAUUCCGUGGCAAGGGCGGUGGAAGAUGUCCUCAGCGCUGCAUUACCUCAGGGUUGCAUCACUGUAGGAGUAUACGAGGCGGCAAAGUCCCUGAAUGUGGACCCCGACAAUGUGGUUUUAUGUCUCUUGGCUACUGACGAGGAGGAUGUUCAAGACGUUGCACUUCAGAUUCACUUCACCUUGAUCCAGGCAUUCUGCUGUGAGAAUGACAUCAACAUCCUGCGUGUGAACAAUAUGCAACGUCUGGCAGAGAUCCUUGGGGGAAUGAAACCAGGAGGAGAGCCAAUGGACCUACACUGUGUUUUAGUCACUAAUCCCCAGUCAUCCACGUGGAAAGACCCAGCCCUGAGUAAACUGAACAGAUUCUGCAGAGACAGCCGGGUUCUAGACCAGUGGGUGCCCGUUAUCAACCUCCCUGAGCGAUGAUCAAGAAUGAGAACUGCACACUGUUUACUUUUUUAAAAGUAUUGCACUAGAUGAUGUGUCUGAUGCCUCCAGUCCAAAGGAUCCCUCCGAACAGCCCCUGCACUGGCUGGGAAGAUGAAUGACAAGCAUCAACAAGACAAAAGAACAGUUGGACUUGACUGUCAAGGGUGUGGACUUAAUGCAUAAUCGGAGCAGAUGCAGUCCCAGGACCUGUUCAGGAAGAAUGACUCCGCAGUAUGCUGAACUGCCAGGGAAUGAUAUUGUCCACCAUUUGCCGGGAAAAGGGACUGUGCUACAGGAAACCGAAUCAUGUGAAUGCUCACCGGCACGUGGUGAGCACGAGAAGGGGGUGUUUUUUUUUUUUUAUAUAUAUAUAAUUCAAGGAGGUUCCUAACCGGGCAGGCUUCAAGAACUGGGGCAAAAGGAAAUGGAUUGUACUCUGCCUUGCAGGCAAGUCUCUGUUGUGAGGAGUACUGAGAGUUGCUUUACUGGAUACUCUGGAAUUUUUGAGAACAGCUUUUAACUUAUGUUGUUUUUGUCCUUUCAUGAGUUACUAUUUAAAAAAAGGGAAGAUGUUCUACACCUCUUAAUAAGUUUAGGAAGUACAUGUAUUGACCUAUUCCUUAACAUCCAUUUAGUGAAAAGAAAUGUUGGUUUGUGUUAAUAUAUUUAAUUUAAUGAAUUGUAUUUAUGUUGCUGUGUUCUCCACACUUGUAUUAGUAUGGAAUAAAUAGUUGAACCUGA